CUCCAUUCCUGGCUUUCAAGUAGGAAGCAAUGGACAGUCGAAUCAAAAUGAUAUUUUUUUUAUUAAUUUUGAUAUCGGGGAGUAUUUAUUAUAGUUACAGUUAUUUUGAAGUGUUCAUAAGCAGACGGGAAAACGGGUUGUUUUUUCAACAACGGGAAUAUCUCCGACUUCAAAAAGUGGAAGCAACUCGACCUACUAUUACUAAACUCAUCUAUCAGAAGACAUUGGUGUCAUCUCAAGAAAAAGUAAAAGCAUCGAAUAAAUUUGACGAGUUAAAUAAAAAAUACCGAGACCUAUUAGUUUCUGACGAUUUCGACAGUAAAAAUGGUGCCGUAGUAAGGUAUGUCAAUUCCUUAUCUGAUGAGGCUGAAUAUUAUUAUAGACAACUCGACAAAACUCGUCGUAGAGAAAUACUCUGGCCAGAGAUGAAAGGAGCUACACGUUCAGACGAUUUGUCUAUACAGUUUCGCAUGCUGUAUAUACUGACUUUAGCGUAUGGGACUAAUGGAACAUUAUAUUACAGAAAUGCAACAGUUCUCUCGACAGUGAAAGAAUGUUUGGAGUUCAUGAUAUCUCCGGAGCGAUACGAUGGAGAAGGAUUUUAUGGUAACUGGUGGCAUUGGCAAAUCGGUGCGCCGACGUACCUACUUGAUAUUCUGAUUAUAAUUAAAAAUAAGAUAUCGCUUGAAAAAUUGAACCAGUACUCAAAUAUUAUUAGUGCAUAUGUUCAAGAUCCAUAUAACAAGAUGCAGAGCACAGACGAAAAUGAUACAUAUUACAUAGUGACUAUGUCAAGAAAUGAAGCGUCUAGCUCACAGAGAGUUGAACUUGCAAGAGCUGUUCUAGGCUUGGGGAUUUUGAUAGAAAAUGAAACAAAAAUAUCUCAUGCAGUAGAGAGCAUUGUCAAAGUGAUGCUCCCGGUGACCAAAUUUGAUGGGUUUUACAAAGACGGGUCCUAUAUCGAGCAUGACGAUAUUCCUUACACAGGAUCGUACGGCAAUGAGCUAGUUAAAAAACUGGGCGAUAUUCUUGUAAUUACACAAGGUACUGAAUUCGAAAUAACUUCCAGUCAAAUAAAACCAUUUGUGGAAUGUGUAGAACGUGCGUUUUUACCACUUAUAUAUCGGGGAGAAACUAUAGCACCAGUGAACGGGCGUGCGGUUUCUAGACAACCAUCAACUACAGAAAUCGGAUCAAAUGUAAUGUACACUUUGCUGACUAUAGCCACAUUUGGUUCAGUAAAAGAUAUGAAAAAAAUAAAAGAAUCAGUGAAAUACUGGAUUCGCCAAAAUCCAGAUCACUACUUUUCAAAUGCAAGAAAAUAUAAAGAUUUGUUAAUUACAAUUGAUCUAUUAAAUGAUUCUGCAAUAGUCGGAGAUACAUUGCCAUUCUUGGGAGCGAAAAUGUAUGCGUCCAUGGAUCGUUUUAUUCAACAAACUCAUAAUUACACGAUAGGUUUAAGUUUAUACUCCAGUCGCAUUUCAGCGUUCGAAUCGGGUAACAAUGAGAACAAACGUGGAUGGCAUACCUCGGACGGUGCCUUUUAUCUGUACAACUAUGACGACGUUCAGUUUAGGAACGCCUACUGGCCAACAGUGGAUCCGUAUAGAAUUCCGGGCACUACAGUCGAUACUUUAGAUCUGAAUGACGAAUUGUCAAGUUGGCAACACUUUACUUCAAAAGAAAACUGGGUCGGUGGUGUAGCCAGUGGCAUCCAAGCGCUGGUCGGAAUGGCUUUAAAUAAAGAAGGUUUUGAAAACUUUGACCAGUCACUGUGCAUGGAUCUUAAAGGAAAAAAAUCGUGGUUCAUAGUAGAAGGACAAAUUGUAGCACUAGGGGCCGGAAUUUCUGGAAGCACACCAGCAUCGAUCGAGACCAUUGUUGAUAACUGACUCCUAAAUGAUGCAUAUAAGUAUGAAGUUUGGUCUGAUCAUGGCCAAAUAAAAGAAACUACAAAAGAAGCUAAUGUCAACUGGUUAUUACUAAAAUCAGAACAUCAACGUUCAUCUAUUGGUUACUUUUUUCCUGAUAAUGAAACUGUUGAUAUAAUUUUUGAAACACGAUCUGGAACUUACAAAGAUAUAAAUAUAAAUGCAAAUGAAAAUUUGUACUCCGGAACAUACAGGAAAUUCAUAAUUGAUCACGGACAAAUGCCACUUGACGCUAAAUAUGCAUAUGUUUUAUUGCCAGGUAUCAAGAAGUCUGAAAUAAGGGAAUAUGCUCAAAAUAAUACUAUUAUAAUUCUAGAAAAUUCAGCUGAAAUUCAAGCCGUACAAAUACUAAACCAAGGUUACUUAGGUAUACAUUUUUGGAGUGACACAGGCGGUGCAAUCGCAGGAAUAAGUAGUGACAAAUACUUAUCUGUAAUGAGACAAACAAACUGUACCCAACAUAGUUACAUUCUGUCGGAUCCUACGCAGUCGGACAGUGUAAUAACAAUAGAAGUUCCCAAGUUUUCUAGAGUGACGAGCAUGAGUGAAGGAAUAACAUACGGUGGUAAAGGUAGCAAGUUUGUAGUAGAUUUUUCCAAAGCUAGUGGUGCCAGUAAACAAUUUACAGUAGUUGUUGACUGAUUGUCGCCAAAACAUUAUAUUAUUAACAGCCUCGACC